GAUGUAUUUUUACCAGAUGAUGAGACUACUGUAUCAAGCGUUGAUUCGAUAAGUCAUUAUGAUGUGAUAGUGCCAAACAAUAGUGAUACUAUAGCGGAAACAUUUUUGAAAAUUGGUGAUUUAAAAGCGAUGGGUUUAAUACAUAAUACUCCAGUUGGCGCUGUGGAGGCACUUCUUGAGGCGGUUAAUGUUUACACCGGUUUGCCAUGGUGGAGUACAAUAGUUUUAACAACAUUUGCAAUGCGUAUACUUUUUUUACCCCUUAUUAUCAAGUCACAACGCAACACAAGUAGGUUAAUAACUUUACAACCAAAGAUAGAGCAGUUGAUGGAAGACUUUAAAAAAGCAAAAGAAACCGGUGAUACUAAUUUGAUGAUGCGUAAACAUCAAAAAAUAAAAGAAUUUUAUGCUGAAAAUAAAAUUAGUCCUUUGAAAAAUUUAUACCUCGUUGCUUUACAAACACCGGUGAUGAUCAGCUUUUUCAUUGCUGUAAAAAAAAUGGGUGAAUUUCCUGUCCCAGGCUUUGAACGUGGUGGAGCUUUAUGGUUCCAAGAUUUAACCCUUCCGGAUCCAUAUUACAUUUUGCCCUUCUUAAUGUCUGCAACUUUUAUAGCAAUGAUGGAGACGAGCGAUGCCUCUCGUAUCAAUACACCGAAUGCGAAGGCAAUGAAAUGGGCUUUUCGUGGUAUAACUAUAAUAUCUAUACCGGUUGCAAUGUCUUUGUCCACAUCAGUCCAUAUGUAUCUUAUGAGCUCCACAGUAUUUAGCGUUUUACAAACCAUAUUUACAAACAACAAGACGGUUCGUAAAUAUUUAAAUUUACCACCUAUUCCACAAACAUUAAAAAAACCAGCGGAAAAGCCUUUUUUGGAACAUUUGAAGCAGUUGAAUACUGACGCACGCAAGAACAUAAGAGAACAACAAAAAAGACUAUAA